AUUCACAUUCUGUACCGGAACGGUGUUAGUUUUUAGCAAUACCUUUACUAUAGAAAUUACGAACUCCGUCGAAGAUAACAAUUUUUACCAAUUUUCUAAGAUACAUUGUAUAUCACAUCUCAAAGGACAUAAUGGAAAAACAGACAGGUGAAAAACAACAUAGCUGCAUUAUCUGUGAUAGAUCAUUUACUCGAAACAGUUAUCUGAAAAUACAUUUGAUUUCACACAAUGGAGUGAAGACGUAUGGAUGUGAACUUUGUGACAAAUCAUUUUACCAGCAAAGUAAUCUUGAUACACAUAUGAAAAUACAUACUGGAGAGAAGAGAUAUCAUUGCAAACACUGUGGCAGCUCCUUUCCUUUUAUGAAUAAGCUUAAAAAACAUAUGAUCAUUCACACAGGAGUGAAGAGUUACCAAUGUGAACUAUGUAAAAGAUCAUUUUUUCAUAAAAGUAAUUUAAAGAAACAUGUGAUUAUACAUAAUGGAGAGAAGAGUUAUCAAUGUGAAUUUUGUAGUAGAGCAUUUUAUAGAAAAGAUUCUCUCACAAAACAUAUGAUGGUACACACUGAUGAGAAAAGUUAUCAAUGUGAAGUUUGUGACAAAUCAUUCUACCGAAAACAUAUUCUUGAAUCACACAUGCUUAUACAUACUGGAGAGAAAAGCUAUCACUGCAAGUUAUGUAAUAAAUUGUUCUCUCUGAAAUCUAAUCUUAACAGACAUAUGAAGUUACACAUGAAAGUAAAGAAAUAUAAAUGCAAAGUGUGUGAUGUUUCAUUUUCUUCAAAUAGUGAUCUUGAAAAGCAUACUGCAAUACACACAGGAGAGAAAAGUUAUCAAUGUGAAAUCUGUGGCAAAUUAUAUGCUAGAAUAGGUGACCUUAAGAAACACAUGUCCAUUCACCCAGAAAAAAUUAUUAAUUAUAUGUCAUGUGAAAUAUGCAACAAACUAUUUUCUCAUAAAAAUAGUUUAAAUGCUCAUAUAUUAACCCACACUGAAGUGACGAAUCAUCAAUGUGAAAUCUGUAUGAAAUCAUUUGCCAGAAAAGAUUAUCUGAAAAAACAUAUGACAACACACACAGGAGAGACUAAUUAUGUAUAAUAUAAAAUAUGUUAAGAAUAGUAGUCCCAAAGCACAUAUGGUGAGACAUGCUCGAGAGAAGAGAGCUUUUUGUUGAGAAAUAUGUGAGAGAUCCUGAAUUGUCUGUCACGAAUCAUCUUAGCAAUGUCCUAGCCGUAUGACUAUUCUUAGAACUUACUUGUGAGGAGGUAACUAUCGAAAAGUCAUUUUCUCACAAAUGUAAUCUUAAAAUGCACAUUACAGUACAUGCAAGAGAGAAAUUGACAAUUUCAGACUGUAUUCCGUGACUUGUGAUUUCAAAUCUCUUGAUUGCAAGAGAACACAUAUCAGCCGCUGAGCGGCACAUGUUUGACACAGAGUAUAUAGAGAGACUUUAAGCUUGAUUGCAAGAGAACACAUAUCAGCCGCUGAGCGGCACAUGUUUGACACAGAGUAUAUAGAGAGACUUUAAGUAUGCUCAAAAUGUGAGAGAUCAUAUUGUGUUCCAAAGACGCAUCGGUAUCAUCAUCAGUUGUCCUUAUUGUUACAAAAUGUUCAAGAGUUAUGUUAGAUACAUUUUUGAUAUGACAAUAUGUUUAAACUGGGUUCACUUUGUCAGAUAAAUAACUUGAAUAAAAGAAUAUGUUGUAAUA